CGAAUUUUAAAUGAAACUAAUGAUUUCAUUGAUUUAACAAAUUUUAAAAUGGUAAAAGUUAGCAAGUCUAUGUACGCAUUAAAUGGUCCAGUUGAAAUAAAACAAGCAGAAACGGAUGACAUGAUGAUAAGUAUUUUUUUGAAUAAAAAGUUGGCGAACGGUUAUACUCCAUCAUCGUUAUGCAGAUAUGAAAAUGAACCGUUAUGUCCAACAGUAUUAUCCGAUCGAUUUAACAUUUUUAAAGAUUUUUUUAGCCAAUCCGAUAUGCCGUUUACUUGUCCACAUGAGCCUGGUGUGUAUAACAUAACAAAUUAUAGACCAAACGCAGAACGUUUUCCACCAUUUGUUCCAGGUAGGGAAUGGCGAUUGGAUUUAUUGUUUAUCAAAAAUUACAUCACUGUUGCUGGUUGUCAACUAUUUGUUACAUUGAUUAAUUGAAGAAUAUUUAGUUUUGAUGUAUAAU